CUGGUGGUGGUCGGGGUAACUGCUGCUGCUGGUCACUCAGGAACAACACCACGCCGAGUAUUGCUCUUUCCUUUUACUGAUUUGUCUGAUAAACUCAAUUAAUAUAGUGGUGUUUAGUAAUAUAAAAGGUUAAGUAAACUCUCAUCAAAGUAAUGGAUAUGAAAAAUGAGGCUAAUGAUGCCUCUAGACGUGAAGUUGAAGUGGGUGGUGGAGUCAGUAGUGAGGCGCUUGACAAACAAUUGGAGACUGUGUCUAUUGGGAACCAGGAAUGUGAACAGCCUAAAUUAACCUUAACCGAGUCCUUUAUUGGUGAUUUUAGUAUUCCUUUAGAUACUUCAACAAUGGAUACUAGAGAGAGUAGCUACGGCUCACAUGAAAAUGGUGAAGUGAUGGUGAAUGGUGUUGAGGUCAGCGGGAGCCCCACCAUCACCACCACUACCAUGUGUCACAGUCUCACCUCUCACUCACCACAACCUCAAUCACACCAACAAACAAGUGAUGAAGAAGCAAAUUUUGAAGUUUCAGAACUAAUAAAUGAAAUAUUACACCAGUCAUCAUAUUUAGAUGAGGCAAGUUUGAAUGGACUAGAAUUUGUUGAGUCUUUGCCUGAUGGUUUGGACAGUGGAGAUGUGGACAUUGCCAUAACAAGCACAAGUGAAGUAUUACCUCUAUAUCUUGAUCAUACAGAAGGGAGAAGUUCGUCACCAGAUUCGGAUUCUAACAUGAGGACUGCCAGUGAAGGCUCUUCCACCCCGACGAGCCAGCUCUCUGCGCCCUCCACUCACUCCUCGGAUCAUCAAAAUUACAGCAGUUUAGAAAAUAGGGAAGUCAUAAGCCAGCAGAAUAUCACUUUACUAGAACCUGAGUCAGAAAACAAGUUAUGUGACACUUUGUCUCAACUUAAGGAGAGUAAACCCGAAGACGCGGAGGUUGUGGGUGUGUCGACUUGUGUAGAAAGUUUGAGUACCUUAAUCUUACGAGAGGACGCCAUUUCAGAAUGUAUAAGUAAUUCAAAUAUUUCUGAAACUGGCCAUUUAGAUAAUGCUGCAUUGCAAAGUAGAAACGUAAGUAGUGACUUUAAUACAAUCGAUACUUUAGGUAGUGAUGAAUCCAAAAGCAGAGAAAAUGACUUUGAAAUAAAGACAAAAGAGGAUGAAAAUGAUACAGAAAGUGUGGACGAUUUGCUUAGUGUGGAACAAGUAGAUGUCAUCACUACCACGCAAACUGAAAAAUUAAUGAUGGUAGAUAAUGCAGGUGAAAUGAGUACCUGCGAGACUGCCGUGAGUGUCAGUGCUGCCGAUGUGAAUGGGGUCGGUUGUCCUUUAACUGGUGACUCCAAAGAAGCUGCAGUUGACAAUAAAGCUUUGCAAUGUGUUGGUGACAUUUGUGAAACUACUACAGCUUUGGAGAGCUUGUCCCUUAAUACAGAGAAUUUUGAAAAUUUUAAUGUUGAAACACCUGUGAAUGUGGACAGUGUAAAUGGUGUUUCAGAAGUGAAGGAGGAGGAUGACAUGACUAAUUUUAGUGACAAACCUUCAAGUUCCUGCCAUGACCAAUUAAAAGAUGCAAGUGCGUCUGAGGAAGCAUCUUGUGUUGAAGAAGAGCAAGCAUUGCCUGAGAAGGACACAGAGAGCAGUGCACACACAAAUAAUGAUUGUUUGUGUAAAAGAAUGCAAGCUGUGGAGGAGGGUGGUAAUGUGAUGGUGGGGGUGUGGGCAGAGCUGCGGUCUUCCUUACGCCAGCUUCACCGUUCUAUGAUCCCUCAGUCCAUCCAGGGGUCUGCUCAUCGUUCAAGACCCUCUUUAAACCGCAUCAAGGCUCUUGCUAACAUGUUGGUGACCCAUGAUGCACAUCAGUUGUACAUGCGCAUCAGUCACUUAGCUCAUGAGCUGUGCAUUGAAUUGAAGGUGCGACUCCUAGCAACAAUUAAUGACAACCCUUCCCCGGAAGAGGCAACUACUUUCAUUCAGGGUGUGUGUGACUCAUAUCAGUGGGUGAUGAGUGUGUGUGAAGCGCUUCACCCAGCUCUGGAGCGCUUAGAUUCUGAGCACCUGAGCCGAUUUAAACUCAACUGGGUGACAGUCAACAUGCACAUCUUCCACUCAACCAUUCUCACUGAUCCCGAUAUACAGGACUAUGCACAGAUAUGCAAACAGAAGCUAAGCGGUUCAACUGGAGGGGAUGACGUCAUGGGGUGCUUAGCAUCACUUCACCGUACUCUAGCAGUAGCAGAGGCAGUGUGGGUGCGCGCUGAUGUUCUACUGCAAGAUUAUGCCGUUGAGCGGGCUGCUGUAAGUACUCGUCGCAGGCAGCUUCUUGCUGACUGGGAACAGUUCAAGGCACAGCAGCGAUCACAGCAUCACCAAGAACAUGCCGUGAAAACUGGGGUGCAAAAUUCUACCGUGACAUCAGCAGCAGAAGAUGGUGUAGCUCAGUGUCCAUGUGAUGACUGUGCUGGUGGCCGGGGCAAAAUGAGCGACUCCCAGUCCUCUUCUGUUAAUAGUAGAAUUCCUCUCUCAUCCACAUCAGACAUCCGCCCGCCCUCAAGCUGUGAAUGUCACUUCUGCAAUGCAUCAAUGUCAGCUGCUACACCAGAGGAGCCUGUACUGCCACCAUCCUCUGGGAACUCUCUGCCCCCCUUGGCCCAACCACAGCUCUCACUAUACCCUCACAUUCAUAGCACCCCCCCAGGAAGUGACAUAGUAGGUGUGGGCCAGUCAAGAGAAGAGCUGGGACCCAUUCCUCCUGCACCUACCACAAAGCCGCCCAUCACAACAAACCCUUAUGUGGGGAGUGACCUGUUGACUGAGCAGCUGAUGCGUGAGUGGGAGAUGGUAUAUGGUGACACCCUUACUCCUCCAGGAUCACACCCUAUUCAUCCUCCAUCAGAAGCAGUCAUCCCACAUUAUGAUGAUCCAUCAAGCCUUGUAAGUGGUGUGGAAACUCUGCGUAUUAGUUCCUCACGACCAUCAUAUACUCGCACCAUGGUGGACCCAUCUUUGCCGUAUGUGCCUGACUCUCAUGCCACUGCUCGUGCAAAUACUACCAUUCUUCCCAGCUCUCAGCCUCCAUCAAGCACUGCCAGUCAUCCUGUAUCAUCAUCGACUUGUCAUGCAUCUAAAGUUCCUCAAAGCAGCAGGAAUAAUACACUUUGCACAGAAGGUGGUUGUUCGUCUACACCUCAAGUUUCAUCAGGGGGUGGGACAAACUGCUGUUCAGUCACGAACACAACAAGUGUCAUCACACACACUCGUGCCCACCAUACUCAUACAACUGCUUCUGCUCAAAAAGGUAAAUGUGUAAAUGGAUUAGAAGAAAGUAAAAACCAACAGUUGGAGCUGGUAGAGAGAUCACCCAGUAGAGAGAGUGUGGAGGAGAGUGAAACAAGUGGUGGAGAUGAGUGGAGCAGUGGGGAUGAGAGUGACUCCUCCACUACUGUGUCGUCCACCCACCAGGACCCACACUGUGACUGCUGCUACUGCCAUAUGCUCCAUCAUAAACAGGGUGGUGGGAGACAGAAAUACAGUGACAGACGGGACCGACUGCUGCAAAUUCUGUCACGAAAAAAAAAGGCUCGAAGUUGUUCUGCCAUUUCUUGUUCUGCUGGGACGACCUCAUCAAAUACCCCAACUCCUGCUGCCGUUCCUACUCCUGUGACCUCUGGUGUUCCAACAACCAAAGGUGGCAGCACUCCAUUAGGGGGCCAAAAUAUUGAUAAAAUUUUGGAUUUCAUAGAGGGCAACCACACAGAUGAAGCCAAGCAUGCCAAGAAGGCCGCAAAGAAAGCUCGACAGCGACAGAAAAAGCAUCAGCUGAGCGGCGCCAUCACAGCAGACUUAGUUUCGUCAUCAGAUGAAGAAAGUUCAUCUUCUUGGAUGGCAAUUAGAAGAGAAGAAGAGGAAGGAGAUGAAGAGGAAGAAGAUUUUGAGGAGAAAGAAGGUGAUUGUGAAGAGGAUGAGGAGAUUGAAGAAGAUGGGCCAUUGGCAGAAUUGAGACGGAGAGCUCCAGAUGUGACCAUAACAGUCGUACGCCCUGGCCAGCAGACGUCACGCACUUCCGCCUCACCACAGAUGGCUUCCCAACGCCCUCGAGAGCCUUCACCAACUUCCAUGGAGAAAUGCAAGCCUCCUCCAGCAAAGCUUGUGCCAUCUCUAAUACAGAACUCUGCAGAACCACCACCACAGUCGCAUUCAUCUGCGAGGACCAUCUUGCACCCCUAUCGGCAAUCAAACCAGCAAGGUCAUCAAUCCAGUAGACAGGCGUCAGCACCCACUCCACCGCUGGUAGCAAAUCCAGCUUCAUUUAAUAGCAAGGAAACAGUUGCUAAUCCUACCCCAUUAAGUGGCCCUAGUAGCCUAAGUAAUAUCUUAAAAGGCAUGGACACCACUACUAAAGAGAAGGACAAAGGGUCACAAAUGGUAACAAUUAGGAGAGUGAUGGAUCCCAACAACUCAGAGCCCACUGUUACCAUCACACUCAAAGGUGACCAACCAGAGAAGGAUAAAGUACUCUUCAAAUUGGUUAAUGGACAAGCAGUGUCUGGUAAUGGGGGUCACUCAGGGCAAAGUGUCAAGAAGGGAGGAAAUCGGUUACAGUCACAGCCUCAAGUUCAAUCACAUCCUCAUCCUCAAUCUCAGUCUCAACCUUCACCAAGUGAACCAACAGUGCCUGAGGGACUCGACCCAGAAGAAGUAAAAAAGUUCAAGAAAAGACAGAAGAAAGAGCGGCAGCGACUACGAAAACAGCAAGAGCAAAUGCAGGAACAACAAAAAGGUCAGUUACAACAGCUAGAGCUACAAAAACAACAAGAAAUUCUUCGCCAACAACAAGAACACAUUCAUCAACAACAGUUAGCUCUUCAAAGGCAGCAAGAAGAGCUUCUGAGGCAGCAGCAGCAACAACAAAAUAAUCAAUCUAGUAACUCAAAGAAAAACAAAAAGAAAAGUAAAGUAGUCAACACUGCCAAUCCUAGCAAUAAUAAAAAUAGUGGUAAUAAAGUUAGCAAUCAUAAUAGUGGUGUAUCUGCUGUUGUGUAUGAUGGUGAUGAUAUGGCUCAGUCUUUCAAUCUCCCUCCAGGAGUAACCAUCAACAAAGUGGAAGGACAGCCAGGCAUGGUCACCAUUUCCAAUAGUAUGGGAGGUGCCUUCUCACAACCAUUUCUACCAAAUCCCAAUGUGUACCCAAGUCCACUUGUGCAAGGAUUCUCAGCAACACAGGAAACAUCUAUAGCUAAACCUUAUGGUAGAACACAUGCCCCAGGAUUAAGCUGGAAUAGUGCUGUAGAUGGUACAGGAAACUAUCCUGAUAAAGAUAAUGUCAUUGUAGUAGACACCAACAACAGUUACUUAGGUGCAAGCCCAGCCACUAACAGUAGUUCUUCAAAGCGCGAGAUUUCGUCUGAUGAAAGAGUCAUGAUGGCAGUAAAUGGAUUAAUUGACCCUAGUACCCUCAAUAUGACUCAGAAAAAGAAAUUCAAAAAGAAGAAGAAGGAAUUACAGGAGGAAAAAGAGAGAGAAGAACAAAAACAAAGAGAAGAAGAUGAGUUAAUGGAUCAGAUGUACAAUUUAGCAACUGGGAAGUGGACUAAACAGUGUGAUGUAGCACAAGGUCAAACACAAAACACUAAGAACCAAAAUAAAAAGAACCAAAAACAGAAAGAGAAUUGUAAGCAACCAGCUGUUCAAAACACUUGCAGCAAACAAAAUAGCCAGCAAUUAGCAAAAAACGGUAAAUUGCAGCAAAAAACUCAAGAAAUCCAGCAACAAAAACAAAAGCAGCAUCAAGAUGUCACAAAACAAAACAGCAAAAGCAGUAAGCAGAAUGGUAAGGACACAACUCUUCAAAACAUAACAAACCAGCCCACAAAAAACUUUAGUUCUAGUAGUCAGAAUGGAAAGGUCAGGCAGCAACAAAUACAACAGCAGCAAACACAAACCCGACAAUUACUUCAACAAAAGCAGCUAAACCAACAAAAGCAUCAAUCACAGCAAAAAUUACAAAAACAGCCACUGCAACAACAACAACAGCAGCAGCAGCAGCAGCAGCAGCAGCAGCAGCAGCAACAACAGCAACAGCAACAGCAGACAAGGCAGAAUCAACUACAGCAGCAGAAACAAAAUCUACAACAGCAAAAACUUAAUCAGGUGCAACAGAAGCAAAAUCAACAACAGCAACCAAAACAGAACCAACAACAGCAGAAGCAGAAUCAACAGCAGCAGAAGCAGCAAAAACAAUUACAAAGGCAACUACAACAGAAGCAGCAACAACAGUAUCAGCAGCAGACAAAACCAAUGCAUGAACCACAAGGUGUUAAUAAUAACCACAAGAUUAAUAACAAUGGUUAUGGAAGCUUCCCUGGGAAAGUGGGCUAUGUUCUUCAAGAUAUUGCCCAUGAGGCACGUUAUGCUCAGUACCUAGAGGCUAAUGCCAACACUUUAGCUAAUAUAAAAUAUAACACAUACAAUGGCAGUGUUAUAGGAGAACAUGUUCAUGAACAGUGCAUGGGGGGAGACGACGAUAAGAAGAGCUCCAAUAAGAAGAAAAAGACCAAGAAAGGUAAAAAAAAUCAUCUUGAAGAUAUGACAACGAUUGAUAGUGUGUUUACUCCAAAGGAUGUGGCAGAAGGGGAGCUUGAUGAAACAGAGAGGGAUGUAGAAGCUUUCAAGCGUUUCUGUUUUAACAGUGUCCCACGAUACACAGGGGAAAAACCGAAGGUGAACAUCAAUGUUAAGGAUAUUAUGAUAAAAAAAAGGCCUUGUAAUGUAAAUCUGUAAUGGAAUGAUAAUUUGGAGUAACAUUAUUGUAUUUUAAAUCUGUUAGGAAGAAUUAUAUAUUUUGAGUCAUUGGCACAGUUUAAAGUAUGACGAAUGCUUCAUUUUUUAAUUAAAGGCAAAUGGUUGUGUUAAAUGAUAGCCUCUUUUUUUCUAGCAUGUUAUUAAAAAAAUACUUCAGCAAUGCUGUGGUGCACCUAUAUAUAGCUAAAUUUAUCUUUUUUAGCAUUUGCAUGUCCAAAUUGCUUAUUUUUAGAAGGAAAGCCCUAGAUUUUAAACUUAACUGUGUGAUAACUUGUCUUCAGUUUCAAGGAACCUGGUGUGUCUUCUCCCAAGAGGAUCUUAAAUUGCAAGAGAAUGUCUUUUAUGUUAAUAGGCAUGCAUCUAGCAUGUUUCCUUUAAAGCAUGUACUGUACCUUAUGUGCCAGAGAUCGUGUUCAUUGUGUUGCAAUAAACAUGUUUUGUAUGUAGUAGAGAGCAUGAUUCUGUGCAUAGCAGAGAAAGUAUUUCGUUAUUUAAGAAGGUGCAUUUCUUAUUUUGCUAAGAGUAUGACCUUGAUAUUAUAGAGAACAUGUUUUAAUGUUGCUGAGAUUUUCACAUGUUGAAAAAAGAACGUUUCUCAAUACUUACAAAAAGUACGCUUCUGAAAAAUGCAUCUCAAAAUUGGUGCUUCAUUUUCUUUGAUAUGCCGUAAGACAAGGUGAAGAAUAAUAUUGCACAUUAUGAUUAUAUCAUUUGGACAGUAAGUUUGUCUUAGGUGAUACUAUUAGGUUUUUAUUUGUUUAUAUUUUGCCAUCCAUAAAUGUACUUUAUAGUCAGUUAAUCUUAUACACACUUGAUUUAUUUCAUUUUCUCCAUCAUCCACCAGUCAUUAAUUGUAGUUUAAUUUAAUUAUAUCUUUUGAGUGAAUGAUUGCUUUGUAUGUAGUCCAGGUUUAAUCUCUAUAACAUGGAAAUCUUUGAUGUCGAAGUGUGAGGUUAUUUACUGUAUCACCUGUCCUUGUACAACUCUUUAUUAUCAACUUGAUUGGCUGUGAAACUUACAGUUGGUGUGCUUGUCAGAUUAAAGGAAGUCAGUAUUAAAUCACCUAAAUGCUGUUGAUGAAUCAAUACCUGAUUGCCUUUGUUACAUUUACUAAAGCUCUUAACAAUUCCACUGCUGAUGUGUAACAUAAAUCACAGUAAGAUAUUAUCUUUGGCACUUGACACAAGUUUUACAUGUGUAAAAAGAAAACGAAGGGUAAUUUUGUGUAAAGCUAGGAAUAUAUCAGUAAAUUGUCAGUUUUCUGACAUAUAGUGCUAUUAAACUGUACAUUUUGAGGUUAGGAAAAGUAUCAGUAUGUUGUAAGUGGAUGUGAGAUAGGACAUGAUUAAGUUUUAAGUUGUGUGAGGAUAGGAAGAAUGGAUCUUGCUCCCUGCAAUGGCUGCUUAUUACUGCAGAGGGGCAGCCUUGUUAAUAAUGCUUAGAAUUUCAGAAUUUAGAACCCAUUUUUAUGUAGAAGAGUAUUUGGUCUUCUGAAAGGCUUAUGCCUCUAAGAAAUGAGUGACCAAUGUGACUUUUUGUCAUUUCCUGAAAUACAUUAAUGUAGGAUCAUACAUUUCAGUUUUGGGUUGAGUAGGUAAUAUGAGGUUAAUUAUUAGCACCAUGUUUUCUAGUGUGUUAAGUACUGUAUGCAUAUUCAGAAAAUUGGUGCCAGUUUUUCUCUCAAUUAUAUGCUCUUUUGUGACCACGAUGGCAGAAAGCCUAGAAUAUCAUAAACGUAACAAUUAAAAUGAUCGCAUUAUGACAACUUUAGAGUGUAUAAUGAUUGCACCUUAUAUGUCAUGGUCAUUUUACAUUGUUAAAGAUUAUGAUUUUUUUAAUAAAUAUCUAGCAACUAUA